AAGGCUAUGGGCAACAACAGUGACACAGUAGUGACUGAAUUUAUUUUGCUUGGUCUCUCCAACCACCCAGUGGCUCAGGCUGUAUUCUUCUGGAUCAUCUUGGCAAUCUACCUCAUCAACCUGCUUGGGAAUGGCCUAAUGGUUGUGGUGAUCAUCACUGACCCUCACCUGCACUCCCCAAUGUACUUUUUCCUCAGCAACCUGUCCUUCCUGGACAUUUGCUAUACCAGCAGCAGUGUCCCCCAGGCCUUGGUUACCUGUACCACAGAGAGAACCACCAUUUCCUACAUGAGCUGCAUGGCACAAAUACACAUCAGCCUGUAUUUUGGCACCACAGAGUGUAUUCUUCUGGCUGUCAUGGCAUAUGACCGCUUUGUGGCCAUAUGCAGCCCCUUACAUUACUCACUUAUUAUGAGCUGGAGAGUAUGUGUCCAGUUGGCAGUUGGCACAUGGGGCAGUGGCCUUAUCUUGACCCUCGUCCCCACGGUGGCAGGUCCUAAACAGUUCUGUGGCUCUAAUGUCAUCAAUCACUUCACAUGUGAGGCCCAAACUGUUGCCAAGCUGAUCUGUGCUGACACUCACCUCAAUGACAUCAUUUCUUUUAUCAACACGGUGACUGUCCUAAUUGUCCCCUUUAUUUUUAUCUUGAUGACAUAUGUGCGUAUUGGCCUGGCUGUGCGGCAGAUCCAUUCUCGACAGGGUCGGAGUAAGGCCUUUUCUACUUGUAGCUCUCACCUAGCUGUAGUUGGCAUCUUCUAUGGCUCAGCCAUGAUCAUGUACCUUCAACCAAAAUCAAAACAGGCCUCAGACAAGGACAAGAUGAUCUCUGUUUUCUAUGGAGCAGUGACUCCCAUGCUCAACCCUCUGAUAUACAGCCUGAGGAACAAGGAUGUGAAAGGUGCUCUUCAGAAACUGCUUGGGAGGAAGUUCUCCAAAUAA